AUGAUGGGGCUCAUACAUCACCAGCUGCCAAACGGCAAACCCUGGAUAAGCCCCGAGGCGAACCAAGUUCACGAAAUUAUCAGCCAUCCAUGGCGUCUCUCCAGCAGCGACUUCCCCAAGCUGCCCCCUAGACAUGAAGCACAGCGGUUAUUGGACACUGCCCUGUUCUAUAUCGGCCAGUCACAGCAUCACAUCGAUGCUCGUGAGUUUUCAGACAAGAUGUGGGCUUUUUAUCAGAACCGUGACGACCCUGCUCAGCUGGAAUCGCUGUGGGUUCUCGAGAUGAUUCUCAUGAUUGCGAUUGGCACUCUCUUUGAUGCCAACCCUGAGGGUAAUGAUGAGUUUUCAGGCGUUGUGCUCUUCGAGUAUGCUCACAGAAAUGUGCCAACGUUGUCUGAUUUACGAUUCAAGGGGAAGAUUGGAAUUGAGAUCUUUGCUCUUUUUGCUAUCUACCUUGGUAACAUGAACCGCAAAGAAGAGGCCUAUCUUUAUAUCAGCACUGCUAUGCGGCUCGCAAUUUCGCAAAAGUAUCACAGAGUCUGUGGAACAAGGCACUUGAUGCAGUCGGAGAGAGUUCAUAUGAACCGCCUCUGGUGGACAAUCUAUAUGCAAGAACGACGCCUGGCUGCAGCAACAGGAAAUCCUCCAAGUAUAGGAGAUGAGGCGAUCAACAUCCCUCUUCCUACUGAUUCUCCUGGAUUUCCGCCCGUAGGACCCAUGUGCACAAACAUCAAGAUCGCUAGAGCGACCGGGCGAAUCUUGGCUGUGCUGUACAACCCAGAGGACGAGUCAGAACAUACCUUUAUUCCCCGUGUUCAGGACAUCGUCAAGUCGCUUUAUGAGAUUUCUCAAGAAAUUCCUUCCGACUCAGUCACGGAUGUGUACAACUUGGGCCGGGACCAAUCCUUGAGGACGACUGCUUCUCUGCAUCUGAUGCUGUUCCAGGCGACUAUCCUCACGAUCAGACCGAUCAUGCUACACGCUGCGAAACUCAUUCUCAGCGGCCAUGGCCCAACAGGAGAGCAGCUACAUGCUUCACCACUUGGAAGACUAUCCAGGACCUGUGCUGAAGCCGCGAGACGGCAGCUCAAGGUUGUUGCCACACUUAGAAAGCGAAACAUGAUUGCAAUCUUUGGCUUCUAUGACUUUGAGGCUUCUUUCUCAGCUGCAUUCAUCAUGAUCCUCGCUGCCAUUCUGGACUCGGUUUGCGAAGAAAAAUUGAAGAUCAGCCCCAAGCCUGGCCUGACGCAGGCAUUGGAGGAGCUACAGCACCUCGCUGACCACGGAAACACGUAUGCUCGUGAGAGAUUGCACGAGGUUAAGAGACUAUGGAAAGUGAUGGCACAAAAGAUCGAGUCACUCCAAGUUGUCAAUGUAUCUCCCCAGGGUGUAGCUGGCGACGCUCAAACGAACACCAGAGCGACGCAUACCAACGGCGCAACACCAAUCGGGCUCAGUGACUCGGACGCUCUUCAAAACGGCAUUGUCCCGGGCUCUCAAAGUCAGACAUCGCCAGAAGACUUUAUGCUUCUCGACACAGAUCUAUGGGACAACUUCUCAAAUCUUUGGGUUCCCAUUACCGAGGCGGCGGAUGGGACCUCGGCGCAGGAGAUGAUGAUGGCGGAUAUCCCGCCCGAUGACUUUUACAAGCACUGCUAUUCUAUGUAUAACAAUCCGGACUGGGAUCUCACGGGAGAAGAUGUUGGGGACUUUGCGGAGCUUGGAAGGCAUAUUCAGGAUUCAUGA